GAAUUCAAAACAUGGUGUUGUUAUUCUGUGCAGCUGUCACAGAAAACAAGAUCUUGUUCAUCUCCAGUAGUUAUGUCCUCCUAACCAAUGCCACUAGAGCUAUGCUUGCUCUUAUGUAUCCCCUCAAAUUCAGCUAUGUAUAUAUUCCAAUUCUUCCUGCUGCUUUGCUGGACUUUCUGAGYGCUCCAACACCGUUUAUUAUGGGMGUCCAUGAGUCUUACAAAGACAACAUCCCAGAYUUGGUAAGAUAUCAGCCACUGAAAGUGUGGAACAUAAUCAGCUCUUGGGGGACUAAGMCAUCYGUUAUUUUCUGUUUAUUCUUUCAGUCUGAYGUCAUUCUAGUUGAUAUYSAUGGAGGACAUGUUUCAAUACCUGACAGUGUUCAUUUAGCAACAUUACCUGAGAAUUUUAUGAUCUCAACAAGAAGAGAAUUGAAUCUU